CGCUGAUCAUUCGUAAAAUGAUCGACAAGAUUUUAAUUGGUGGCUCUGAUUUUUUACUUUUAAUCUGGCUUAGAGAUACCUUAGAUUUUGUUUUGCUACAUUUGAAAAGGGCAGAAUCUUAAAGAGAGAAAAAUAACUGGGGAGAGAAGAUACUCAGAGAAAAAACAGAGGCUUCCCUGGACUCAGGCUGUUGACUUAAAGGAACUGUGACGUAUACAGGGGACCUUAUCAUUGUAAGUAGCAUAGUUCUGCUUGUUUGAAUGAAUACUUUAAAAAAAAAAUCCUCACUCUUAACAUCAGCAAGAUUUUCUGUUUCUUUGGUAACAGCUUAGAAAACAACUGAAUAUUUUGUAACAUCCACUGAAGUGGAAAGUUUAUGAUUUUUGAUUUUGACCUGAGUGUCUGGCUAUGAGUAUGAACCAGAUAAUCCUCUUUGAAUAUUAUCAGCGUCCAAACUAUAUUUGCUUUUUUAAGAGAGAAGAAGCGUAACAACUUGUAAAUAGAGCACAGGUGGCAAAGCCCCUCUCAACUGUACCACUCUCCAUACGUCGGAUCAUUUUAAACACCUGACAAUUGAACACCUUCAUUAAAGGACUGAAUCUUCCAACCCCACAGAGAGCUGCCUUUCAGCUGGAAGAAGGGUGUGUCCCUGAGCUUUUACCUGGGAGCAAUGAUGAUCUUGUCAAGCAUUUCAGGGAGACCAGCCCAAGUUUUUAGGGUGGGGAUCUAGACUGGUUAUACGUAGCUUCAGUUCUUCUCCCAGAGAAGGCAGAAACACCUCAAAGCCUGCAUGUAGGAACAUCUACUGAGAAAUUAUUUUAAUCAGACACCAGCUGAGUGGGGGAAAGAAAAAGAACAGAGAAGAACAAACAAAACUCCCUCGGUCUUGGAUGUAAGGAACCCAGCUGCAAUGGACUGGCACUCUAUCAGAGCCGCGGUGCUGUUCAUUUUUCUGGUGGUGGUGGAAGUUAACAGUGAAUUUCGAAUCCAGGUAAGAGAUUACAACACCAAAAAUGGCACUGUCAAGUGGCAUUCAAUCAGGAGGCAAAAACGUGAAUGGAUCAAGUUCGCUGCAGCCUGUCGUGAAGGUGAAGACAAUUCAAAAAGGAACCCUAUUGCCAAAAUUCACUCAGAUUGUGCUGCAAACCAGCAAGUUACAUACCGCAUCUCCGGAGUAGGAAUUGAUCAGCCACCUUAUGGAAUCUUCGUUAUUAAUCAAAAAACUGGUGAAAUUAAUAUUACAUCCAUAGUUGAUCGAGAGGUCACCCCAUUUUUCAUUAUCUAUUGCCGGGCUCUGAAUUCACUGGGUCAAGAUUUAGAGAGGCCUCUUGAGCUCAGAGUCAGAGUUUUGGAUAUAAAUGACAACCCUCCAGUAUUUUCUAUGUCUACUUUUGUAGGACAAAUAGAAGAAAAUUCUAAUGCAAAUACGCUGGUGAUGAUACUCAAUGCUACUGAUGCAGACGAACCAAAUAAUUUGAACUCAAAAAUAGCCUUCAAGAUCAUAAGACAGGAACCUUCUGAUUCACCAAUGUUUAUUAUUAACAGAAACACUGGAGAAAUUCGAACAAUGAAUAAUUUUCUAGACAGAGAGCAAUAUAGCCAGUAUUCCCUUGCUGUGAGAGGCUCUGACCGAGAUGGUGGGGCAGAUGGCAUGUCAGCAGAGUGUGAGUGCAACAUUAGAAUCCUCGAUGUUAAUGAUAACAUCCCAUACAUGGAACAGCCCUCCUAUUCCACUAGUAUUGAAGAAAAUGCCCUACACUCAAAUUUGCUCCAGAUUAGAGUAAUCGAUUUGGAUGAAGAGUACUCAGCUAACUGGGUGGCAGUAAUUUUCUUUAUCUCCGGAAAUGAGGGAGGUUGGUUUGACAUAGAAAUGAAUGAAAGGACAAAUGUGGGAAUUUUAAAGGUUAUUAAGCCCCUAGAUUACGAAGCUAUGCAGUCGAUGCAACUAAGUCUCGGUGUCAGAAAUAAAGCUGAAUUUCACCAUUCAAUUAUGUCUCAGUAUAAACUCACAGCAACAGCAAUCACUGUGGCUGUGUCAAAUGUAAUUGAAGGUUCGGUGUUCCGUCCAGGUUCAAAGACAUAUGUGGUAACUAGUAACAUGGGACAGAAUUAUAAAGUGGGAGACUUUAUAGCCACUGAUCUGGACACAGGUAGUGCUUCAACAACUGUUAGAUAUGUAAUGGGAAAUAAUCCAGCUAACCUACUUGAUGUUGACUCAAAAACAGGCAUAAUUACUUUGAGAAACAGAGUUACCAGGGAACAAUAUAACAUGCUUCAGGGAAAAUACCAAGGAACAAUUUUAUCUAUAGAUGAUACUCUUCAAAGAACUUGUACUGGAACCAUUAAUAUUGACCUUCAAGGUUCUGGCUGGGUUGAGAAUGGAAAAGAUACUAAUAGUGGUACCAAUUCCGGAACUAGUGGAGGCAGUGAGGGUCCUAGUGGAGGCAGUGAGGGUCCUAGUGGAGGCAGUGAGAGUACUGGUGGAAGUAGCACUGGAAAUAUAAAUGGAGGUGGUGAAACCAGUACUGACACAAGUGACAAAACUUCCACUGAAUAUGGCACUGGGACCGAGGCAAUGAAUGGUGAAAAUGUAGGAGCAAAUCUCCCAGAUAAUGUCCAUUUUGGUCCUGCCGGCAUUGGACUGCUCAUCAUGGGAUUCUUGGUCCUAGGACUGGUCCCAUUUUUGUUGAUGUGCUGUGAAUGUGGAGGUGCCCCUGGCGGGGGAGCUGGCUUUGAACCUGUCCCCGAAUGUUCAGAAGGAGCACUUCACACAUGGGCAGUAGAAGGCCCACAGUUGCCUCCAGACACUGUCUGUGUACCACCCAUAUCACCUCCUGAUGCAAAUCUAAUUGAAUGCAUUGACACUUCAGGGGUUUACACGAAUGAGUAUGGUGGCAGAGAAAUGCAAGAUCUGGGAGGAGGAGAAAGAACAACAGGAUUUGAACUAACAGAAGGAGUUAAAACUUCAGGAGUACCUGAGAUAUGUCAAGAAUAUUCUGGAACAUUAAGAAGAAAUUCUAUGAGAGAAUGUAGAGAAGGAGGUCUGAAUAUGAACUUCAUGGAAAGCUACUUCUGUCAGAAAGCAUAUGCUUAUGCAGAUGAAGAUGAAGGACGCCCAUCCAAUGACUGUUUGCUCAUAUAUGACAUUGAAGGUGUAGGUUCCCCUGCUGGCUCUGUGGGUUGUUGUAGCUUCAUUGGAGAAGACUUGGAUGACAGCUUUUUGGAUACACUGGGGCCUAAAUUUAAGAAGUUGGCAGAUAUCAGCCUAGGAAAAGAAGUUGAACCAUAUCCAGACCCUGAUCCUUCUUGGCCACCUGAAAGCAUGGAACCGAUCUGCCCUCAGCAGGGAACAGACCCCAUCACUGGUGGACAUCCACCCAUCUCCCCACAUUUUGGCACCACCACAGUCAUUUCUGAGAGUACCUACCCCUCUGGACCUGGUGUACAGCAUCCUAUGCCCAUUCCUGAUCCUCUGGGCUAUGGUAAUGUUACUGUGACCGAGUCUUACACCACCUCUGGCACUCUGAAGCCCUCUGUCCAUAUUCAUGAUAAUCGACAUGCAUCAAAUGUAGUGGUGACCGAGAGGGUGGUCGGCCCAAUCUCUGGCACUGAUUUGCAUGGAAUGUUGGAGAUGCCUGACUUGAGAGAUGGGUCAAACAUUAUCGUGACAGAAAGGGUAAUAGCACCAAGUUCAAGUCUACCCACCUCUUUGACCAUGCCUGAUCCUAGAGAGUCAUCAAAUGUGGUAGUGACAGAAAGAGUAAUCCGACCAGCUUCUGGCAUGAUGGGCAAUCUAAGUAUACACCCUGAGUUAUCAAAUGCCCAAAAUGUGAUUGUGACAGAGAGGGUUGUUUCCGGCUCUGGCAUAAGUGGAAUUAGUGGCCCAGCUGGGAUGACUGGAGGCAGUGGCCUGGUUGGCAGUGCAGCUGGAGGAAGUGGUGGUGGCAUUGGGUUGAGCAGCCUGGGAGGAGGUGGGGGCCUGAGUAGCAGCAUGGGGGGCACAGCCACCAUUGGCCACAUGAGAAGCUCCUCUGACCAUCACUUUAGCCAGACCCUUGGAUCUGCCUCCCCUAGUACUGCCAGAAGUCGAAUCACGAAGUACAGUACGGUACAAUAUACGAAGUAGCCAGGAUCCCAGCACACUUGUUCUCAGCUGUGGUGAUUCAGCUUCAACUCCCACCACCAAAAACUAACAUCGUGAUUUAUGAUGCACAACUAGGUGCUAAGUAACUGUGGAGUGAGGUGGGAAACCACAAUGAGAAAAAUAUGUAAACAGUGCUGUUGGGCAAGAGCUCUCCCUAGCAUUUGUAAACCUUUUUCUUAUAUUAAUACUAAUGGAAUCACGACAAUGAACUAAAACUUGAGACAGGGUCUUUCCUGUGCCUGUGCAGUGAUAGGAUCUUCUGUGUGCCCGGUCCUGUAUCUCCAGCACAUGGAAUAAAUUAAACUCAGUCAUGCAAAACAAAUGGCCUUGAGAUGGCUAUUGGCACAAUUCUCCUUGCUCUAUUUAGAUUUCCAUGAAGUUCAAGCAAUAUUCAAAAAGGACUAAACAUGUAAUAUGAGCUCACAUAUUCAGGAAGAACUUGAAAUAUGUGCCAAGCACCUGGUCAGUUUCACAGAUAACAGAAAUAAAAAUCCAACCAUAUACUCAGACCAUGAUUAACCAUUAAAGAAAACAAAUCUGACUACACAGCUCACAAGCUCACAAGCCACCAAGCACUCCUACCCUAAUAAUUGUACCAGAGAAAAUAAUCCUUAAAUUAGGAAAUGUUUCCUGGGAGGAAACUUCCAAAAGAGAAUGGCAAUAGGGUGAGAUUCAUUUGGGGGACAUUGACAAUGUCUGAUCCCAGAUCUUGAGAAGGGGUUUCAGCUAAAAUUCCCAUAGAGUCAAGGAGUUUUCUGAUUCUAGCUUGUGUUUAGUAAUAGAUGCAGUAUUUAUGAAUAUUGCAUACCAAUGAGGUUGCAGGAUAUCACACUUAUUUUUCCCCUUAUCACUGUGGCUCUGACCUAAUAGUAUGAAUUUGCCAGGUGUACUUCUCUGACUGAAGCAAGUAACACCUGACAUGGUUGUCAUCCCUAAUGGUAAAUUACCUUCCAAAGAAGCAGAUGGAAAUCACAUU